UGAUUACGAACUGCAUAAUUGGAUCCAAGAAUUGAAGACGCCCCCAGAGGGUCCUGGAUUAAAUGGUCUUCCAAAUAAGUUGAUCGAAACUGAGGAUAUUUGUAGCGUCGUGACACCAUUGAUUUUCCAAGCCAGUGUGCAGCAUGCAGCAGUUAAUUUCUCACAGUAUGAUGAAUCCGCUUUCCCACCAAACUAUCCUGGAAUUUUGCACGGCGAUCCUCCAACUGAUAAGAAACCCAGAUCAGAAGAAGAUAUUAUAAACGCACUCCCCACAAAAUCCGAAACAUUGGACAUACUGAUACUUACCAAGAUAUUAAGUAGUAGAGGGACCAAUGCAUUAGGUGACUUCGAAGUUCAAUACUGUCAUGAUCCUAUCACACUAAGUGCUCUCAAAAGUUUUCGUGAAGAAUUGGCAAAAAUUGACAAAGAGAUCAAAACGAAAAACAAAACCAGGGAUAACAAAUAUCCUUACCUAUCUCCAAGUGAGAUACCAAAUGCAAUUAGUAUUUAACAAUCACAGUCACAGUACUGGAACACUAUUUACAAGCUAUGGAGACAAACCAGAAGAAGUAAUAUUGCAGAAUUGAGUAAAACGUCAAUUUAAACAAUACAAGUCAAUUUUAGACAAUACACAAUAAACAGAUAUAAGAAUACGACGUAUAUUUUAGUUACAUAAUACUUUAGAUACAUAUACAACAUUUACAAUACACAACAUUUAGCAACUUAGCGAUUCUCAUAUGGUAUGAGCCUAUUCCUGUAUGAAUAGGUUCCCAAUAACAAAAUGGUAAACUGUCAUCAAUAAACAGGAUGAAGCAAUUUUGACACACUGAUGAGCGGAGCGACCUGUCUC